AUGAAUGCAAUGUAUACCCUUGGAGUUAGGAGAUUAGUGGUAGUGGGACUUGCCCCAUUUGGGUGCACCCCACUUAUCAAAACACUAAGGGACGACACCAAGUGCGAUGCUACAUUUAACAGUGUGGCCCUCUCAUUCAAUUCUAAGUUAAAGGCAAGGUUGGCAAUUCUUAAGAAAUCAUUGGGGAUGAAAGCUGCCUAUAUAGAUGUAUACAACAUGGUUGACAAGGCUAUUCAGAACCCACAAAAAUAUGGUUUCUCAGAGACUUCAAAGGGGUGUUGUGGGACAGGAACUAUUGAAUAUGCUGGUUCAUGCAAAGGGUUGAGUACAUGUGCUGAUAGAACAAAAUAUCUAUUCUGGGAUGCAGCUCAUUUCACUGAAAAAAUGUACAAGAUCAUUGCUGAUGAGGCUUUGACAUCAGUCAUUGAGAUGGGACUUGCCCCAUUUGGGUGCACCCCACUUAUCAAAACACUAAGGGACGACACCAAGUGCGAUGCUACAUUUAACAGUGUGGCCCUCUCAUUCAAUUCUAAGUUAAAGGCAAGGUUGGCAAUUCUUAAGAAAUCACUGGGGAUGAAAGCUGCCUAUAUAGAUGUAUACAACAUGGUUGACAAGACUAUUCAGAACCCACAAAAAUAUGGUUUCUCAGAGACUUCAAAGGGGUGUUGUGGGACAGGAACUAUUGAAUAUGCUGGUUCAUGCAAAGGGUUGAGUACAUGUGCUGAUAGAACAAAAUAUCUAUUCUGGGAUGCAGCUCAUUUCACUGAAAAAAUGUACAAGAUCAUUGCUGAUGAGGCUUUGACAUCAGUCAUUGAGAGUUUGUUGAACUAA